CCAAAUUUGUUCAAGUCGUAUCACUGUCUAUUUUCUACCUUGGUAUUAAAGUCUUCGCAAUUUCAGUAUUCAGUCGCAUAAUGAAAACAAAAUUUUGGUAAAAUGAAAUAAGACGUGGUGUAUCAGUUUCAAAUAAUAUCAAACGGUGAAAAUAAAUGAGGUGGUCAAAAUGAGAAAAUACGAAAUCACCACCGGCGGGGCGACCUUAACAAGUUUAAUAUUGCGCAAUAAUAGCGGACGACAACUGAAUAAAAAUGGCAGAAGUUAGUGAAAAAGUCGAACUUUUCUCGGAUGAAAAACGAGGAAGGGGCGUCCGGGCCACCACUUUUAUCGAGCCAGAAACAGUACUGUUGGUUGAGAACCCGUAUAUAUUAACUUUAGAGGAAGACUACCGGCGAAACAGGUGUAAUUAUUGCUGCAAAGAACGAGAAAAACUGCGAGCAUGCGGUGGCUGCAACUUUGUGUAUUACUGCGAUAGACAAUGUCAGGCUUCCAACUAUUCCGACCAUCAGUAUGAGUGCAAAUACUUGAAGAGUUCCGGCCCAGAGUGUGACAUCUGGAUACGCACUAGGACGCUUCUAAUGGCCCUUCAAAAGCAUCUGAAAAUGCAGAAGAAACGGUCAAGAAAUGUUCCUACCCACAAUGCACAGGGUUUUCCACUCACUCCAGAGGUGCUGUAUAUGAAGAAGUACGCCCCUCCAUCCGAUGAGAUACCAUCUCCCAUGCCAGACAUGGACAGAUUGUGGGAGUUUGUCAAAGCCAAGGAUCUUCCCAUCACAAAAGAUCUCUUCAAAAAAUUCCAAGGGAUUCUAAAUGCAAAUAUGUUUUCCGUCGAAGACAGCCAUGCCAGAUGUAAAAUAAUCGGGGAGGGAUUGUACACAAGAGUGGCGAUGUUCAACCACAACUGUCAUCCCAACUGCGUCUUCAUAUCCAAUGGGCGGGAGAUCAGUGUCACCAGCAUCCGGCCAAUCAGCCCUGGGGAGGAGUGCACGAUCAGCUAUCUGAAGGUCAUGGCGCCGACCGAGGCUCGUCAGAGAAAACUGAAGAAGUGGUACGAUUUUGACUGCGACUGCAAGCGCUGCGUACAAGACAUAGAGGAGGAUAGGUUAAUGUACGCUAUAAAAUGCCCGCAGAUGAACUGUAGGGGGUCUGUGUUGCCAUGGAAACCUUCAAAUAUUCUGAAUGGUCGCUAUCUAGCCUGUGAUGCAUGUCAUUUUGACAUCAACGAAACUGAGGUUCCAGAUAACAUCAGGCAGACCGAGAUGGAAGUGGAGGGAUUCUUGUCCAGGAAAAAAAAUUAUGAUUACCAGGGCCAGCUCCUCGAGGAAUGCGGACCCGUUCUGGCACGUCUUGAUGCCGUCUACCAGCCAUACCACUGGCGGGUUUACCAAGUUGUUAAGAAGGCCUUCAAGGUUGCCCUGAAACUGGAUCAAGCUGAGACUGCUCUGCUGUAUGGAAUUAGAUGUCAGGUCGCUUUGAGAAAUCACCUGGAGGUGUGCGUCACUUUACUCGGUACGAACCUCUGGGAAGUUGGCCAGCUACAGGCCCAACUGGGGAUGAACUUGGAGGCUGUUCGCACCCUCCGAGAGGCCCUGCCAAUCAUGGAGAUUGCUUACAGUGGCCAACACGCAGUCAACGUACAAGCUCAGGCACUGCUAGCCACGCUAACAUCAACGGUGAAAGACGCUCUGGCAACACCAGAUAACAGUCACAAAGGAGUUUAUACGCAGGGUUCAAAUGUAGAGGAGGAAUAGAACUACAGCAAUUUGUCUUCAAGUACCAAAUCAGUAGUACUUGGGGGUAAAAUGUGAAGAGGAAUAAGACAAUUCAGUUACAAUGUAUGUAUCAUUUUGAUUGUAACUAUAUACGUUUUUUAAGAAUAUCUCAGGACAAUUGUGGCCAAAAAAAAAGGUUUUUUUUUAAAUUUUAUUAACUGGGAAAUAAAAUCUAAUAUUCCAAGAAAAAAAAAUUCAAGAAUGUACUUACAUGCAACUCAGAUUUAUAAAUGCAGAUAAUUUUUAUCACAAAGUAUAUAUUGGAUUCAGGAACAUGUAUGUGAAAACUAUAUUUUAAUGUUUUUUGUCCGUACUCUCUUUGAGUAUUUAUUACUAUUAAAUAUAUAAUAUACAAGCAGGGUAAUUUUCUUUAAAUUUUUCUUUUCUUGUGGAUGUUAAAAGGCCAAGUAGUAUUUCAAAUAUAUUUCAUUUAAAAUUUUUACGA